ACGCCAACCUCUCCCCCAUCCCAAAUACGACUCCCUUCUCUCCCUCUCAAAGAGAAGCGCAUAAUAUAACCCAAUACCUUCCCUCUCCUCUUCUCUUCUCUUCUUGUUCUGUGCUGAUGGCCUCUUCCAGGAUUAUUAGCCCUUCUUUCCUUUGUAUCUUGGUAGCAUUUGCUUCCCUUCUAUUCCAGUGUUCCUAUGGGGCUAGAAAGCUCAAUGCCCUGGUGGAGGAACCAUCCCCUGUUUUGACCUACCACAAGGGGGCCCUCCUCACGGGGCCUAUAUCGGUGAACCUCAUCUGGUACGGUAAGUUCACCGCCGCCCAGCGAGCCAUCAUCUCCGACUUCGUCACAUCCCUCUCCUCGAAGGGCGGUGACCAGAAUCAGCCGGAGCCAUCGGUGUCCGCCUGGUGGAAGACCAUCGGGAAGUACUACGCUCGGUCGAAAACCGAGUUCCCUAAGCUCACACUCGGUGACCAGAUCCUCGACGGGUCCUACGCGCUCGGCAAGUCUCUCACGAACGACGACAUCGCCAAGCUGGCGAGCCGCGGGGCGCCGAAGAACGCCGUCAACGUCGUCCUGACGGCGGACGACGUCGCCGUCGAGGGCUUCUGCAUGAGCCGGUGCGGGACCCACGGGUCCUCGCCUCGGUCCAAAUCCGGGCGGUUCGCUUAUAUCUGGGUCGGCAACUCGGCGACCCAGUGCCCGGGCCAGUGCGCGUGGCCCUUCCACCAGCCGGUCUACGGGCCGCAGAGCCCGCCGCUGGUGGCGCCUAACGGCGACGUCGGGAUCGACGGCAUGGUGAUCAACUUGGCGAGCAUGAUGGCCGGGACGGCGACCAACCCGUUCGGUAACGGAUUCUACCAGGGACCGAAGGAGGCGCCGUUAGAGGCGGCGACGGCGUGCCCGGGGGUGUACGCGAAGGGGGCGUAUCCGGGAUACGCCGGGGAAUUGUUGGUGGAGCCAACCACGGGGGCGAGCUACAACGCAAAUGGGGCCCACGGGAGGAAGUACCUAGUUCCAGCCUUGUUUGACCCGUCAACGUCCACUUGCUCUACCUUGGUGUAGACAAGUGGCGGGUAACAUUUUUGGUGUAAGAUCGUGGUUUCGGGAUGUAUUCGUAUAAACAGAGCGGAGGAACACUGAGGAUAUGGAUAGCCUGUAAAUUUUUCAUUCAUUUCCGAAUUGCGGUUUUUUUAAUUUAUUUUAUUCGUUUGAUGCUUAAAAAUUUGGAUUAUAGAGAUUAAAAUACGUGGAUGCUAAAGGGUAGUGGAGGUCUCAAGGACCGAAGCGGUACAUUAUGAUAUGAUGUAUCUUUUAUAUUGGAAUCUUGGAUGAUAAUGUAAUCACGGAAUUUGGUUCCUAGUGGUGAGUGAGGCUUGGUUAGGUCCUGAAAGGCGGUACAUUGCUUCUUGGUCGAUGGCAGCUUUCGAUCUUCUUAGUUUGAAUUUUAAAUUUUAAAUUCCGAUGUGAA